AUGUGCAGUGAAUGGUAUAUGGGUUCAAACUUUUUCGAACUGAUUCCUGUGUCAGAGAACUCAUUAGCAAUCUACGGUGAAAACUUUGAUGAUGUGAAGGUUACAAAAGUGACUCAACUCCUUGCCAAAGGAGAUGGCGCCACUGAAGAAGAAAUUCAGCAGUAUAAGGAACUCAACAAAGAAAGGGGGAUUCCACCAGAACAUAUAGAAGACCUCACUCAAACAGAGACAUAUCCUAUAAAAAGUGAAACCAAUUCACAGCCUAUCCAACAAGUAGCACACUCUCACCUUCUCUGGAAGAAGGACCAUGUGAGUCACAAGAUAAAGGUUCUGUUGCUGACUCUUAUCCUUGUCCUGGUUUGCGCUGCCCAGGAAACUCCAGCUGAGAUAGACCUCUCACAGGUUACAGGAGAGUGGCACACCAUUUACGCAGCUGCAGAUAACAAGGAGAAGAUUGUGAAAGGGGGCCCGCUGAGGUGUUACUAUCAUCAGAUUGAAUGUAUCAACGACUGCAAAUACCCCUCCCUUACAUUUUACACCAAGGAUGACGGGAGAUGCCAGUUAUUCACAGAAGUGCUAAAGAGACAAGAAGGAGAUGUUUACGUCAUAGAGUUCACGGGUACAAAUGUUUUGCAAUUGAUUUAUGUAUCGGACAACAUGGUGGUAACUUAUUUUGAAAACGACGAUGGAGAGAAGAUCACAAAAAUAACUGAAGGUGUUGGCAGAGGAGACAGCUUCACUCAAGAAGAACUUCAGAAGUAUCAGGAGCUGAACAGUAAAAGGGGGAUUCCAAAUGAAAAUAUAGAAAAUGUCAUCGAAACAGGCUCAAAGAAACAAAUAAAGGAAGAAUACGAGCAGCACCGAAGCAGGAAUGUAUCCCAAUCAUACGUAUGA